GGAACCCGGAGCUGAGCGGAGGCGGGACCGCCCGCCCAGGGAUCUCGGCUGCAGGGAAGGAUCUCACUCUCCCGGGCGGAGACUAAAUGGACCUGACCAGCGUCUUAAGGAAUGAGGAUGUGAGAGAGCGUGUGGGAGAGGAGGGCAAUUUAUGACUGGGGAGCUGCGUGGAAGCAGUUGGGGCUGCUACCCGAGGGAACGUCCCAAAGGCAAAGCUUUGAGAAUUGAGAUCCUGGGUUGGAGUUUGUGACCUGCCUCCAGCUAUGUGGCCUCGAGAGAGUUACCAGCCUUUGAGCCUCGAGUUUCACACCUGAAAAUCGGGGCAGUAAUUUCCCUUUGCCCGUCUCACAGCGCUUUCUAGGGAUAUUGAAUAAUAUAAUACACUUAAGAAGAAAAUGGAUGAAGAACCUGAAAGAACUAAGCGAUGGGAAGGAGGUUAUGAAAGAACAUGGGAGAUUCUUAAAGAAGAUGAAUCAGGAUCACUUAAAGCUACAAUAGAAGACAUUCUCUUCAAAGCAAAGAGAAAAAGAGUAUUUGAGCACCAUGGACAAGUUCAACUUGGAAUGAUGCGCCAUCUUUACGUGGUAGUAGAUGGAUCAAGAACAAUGGAAGACCAAGAUUUAAAGCCGAAUAGACUGACAUGUACUUUAAAGUUGUUGGAGUACUUUGUAGAGGAGUAUUUUGAUCAAAAUCCUAUUAGUCAGAUUGGAAUUAUUGUAACAAAGAGUAAAAGAGCUGAAAAACUGACAGAACUCUCAGGAAACCCUAGAAAACACAUAACGUCUUUGAAGAAAGCUGUAGAUAUGACCUGCCAUGGAGAGCCAUCUCUUUACAACUCCUUAAACUUGGCUAUGCAAACUCUAAAACACAUGCCUGGACACACAAGUAGGGAAGUCCUAAUCAUCUUCAGCAGCCUCACAACUUGCGAUCCAUCUAAUAUCUAUGACCUAAUUAAGACCCUGAAGGCAACUAAAAUUAGAGUGUCUAUUAUUGGAUUGUCUGCAGAGGUUCGGGUUUGCACUGUGCUUGCUCGUGAAACUGGUGGUACAUACCAUGUUAUUUUAGAUGAAAGCCAUUACAAAGAAUUGCUAACGCAUCAUGUUAGUCCUCCUCCUGCUAGCUCAAGUUCUGAAUGCUCACUUAUUCGAAUGGGAUUUCCUCAGCAUACAGUUGCUUCUCUGUCCGAUCAAGAUGCAAAACCCUCUUUCAGCAUGGCGCAUUUGGAUAGCAAUACUGAGCCAGGACUUACAUUAGGAGGCUAUUUCUGCCCACAGUGUCGGGCAAAGUAUUGUGAGCUUCCUGUUGAAUGUAAAAUCUGUGGUCUUACUUUGGUGUCUGCUCCCCAUUUGGCACGGUCUUACCAUCAUUUAUUUCCUUUGGAUGCUUUUCAAGAAACUCCCCUAGAAGAACAUAAUGGAGAAAGAUUUUGUUACGGAUGUCAGGGGGAAUUGAAAGACCAACAUGUCUAUGUUUGCACUGUGUGCCAAAAUGUUUUCUGUGUGGACUGUGAUGUUUUCGUUCAUGACUCUCUCCACUGUUGUCCUGGCUGUAUUCAUAAUACGCCAGCUCCUUCAGGUAUUUGAUUCCAGCACAUAGCACACAUUGAAUGUGUUAAAGAGAAAUGUGCAACUGUAACUAAAAUGAUUCUUUAGAAGCUCCCAUUAAAACAUGAAAAGCAGUUUAAAAGGAAAAUCUAAUUAAGAACCUUUUGCCAAAAAAAUGUAAUAUUUUAUUAAAUUUUAAAAUUUGUGUCAUCACAGAAAUACCUGGAAUUCAAUGGUACUUCUUUUAGUUAAUUUUGUUUUCUAUCAUUUUGAAUUAUAACAUUUUCAGUCAUUUUAAGUUAAUUAUAAUGAUUAAAUUGAUGUGAUAAUUUCAUUGUUUGGUAAUUAAAUACAGAAUUUCAAUGACUUA